CAAGCGUCCGCCUCCAAGGACCCCACAGCGCUGUGACCCCGACAUGACCUUCGACGCCGUGAGCAGAAUGCAGCAGGAGGUCGUCUUCUUCAAAGACAGAUUUAUGUGGCGAUCGCACCCCAACUUUGACAUGAUUGGAAUAGCGUUCAUAAGCAGCUUGUGGGAGGAUGUACCAUCACACAUCAACGCUGCAUACGAGGACGUGGAGGGGGGCACCAUACUGUUCUUCAAAGGCACUCAGUACUGGGAGGUCAGAGGAAUGACUCUGCAGGACAAUUCGCCCAAGAACAUCACGGAGCUCGGCUUGCCGCGGACUCUGAACACCGUCGAUGCGGCCUUUCAUCUCCGCCUCGAGCGACAGACUGUGUUCUUCACUGGCAGAGUGUGCUGGAGGUAUGAUAACGAAAGGCAGAGAAUGAUGGAUGGAUAUCCCAAGCUCAUCUCGCAGGAGUGGCCAGGGAUCAGUGGACCCAUAGAUGGAGCUGUGGUCUCUAACGGAGUCCUUUACUUCUUCAGUGGAACCCAGAUGCGUGAAUACGACCUGAAACUGAAGCGUGCCACAAACACUCUGCCAGCCAACACAUGGCUGAGAUGCUGACGAGCGUAGCCCCUUCAGCUCCGUUAGCCAUUACGCUAAUAACACUUUUCUCCGUCAGAAUGAAUGAUUUGUGCACUACUUUAGCAUGUGUAAUGUAUGUAUUGCAUAGAUAUGUAAAUAUGUAUAUUAUUGUAUAUUACAGAAAUGGAAAUCAGCAUUUAUUGCAAACAUAUUUUUGGAAUUCAGCUUUUUUCAUACUGCCUUUGUAACAUGUUAUACGUAGAUGCAAAUCCUAUCAGAUA